UGCUUGAGAGCGCAUGGCGAGUCCCUGAGUGGUCAUCAAUGAAAGACGCUCUAGCUCAGGUUGAAGUCAACUUCCCAGAAUCCAUUGCAUACAAGUUAAACUUGUAUCGAGGCUACAUUGCCAUUUGUCACCCAGACGAUCAACACCUUAACAUGGUGGACAAACUUGUGGAGCAUUCCACUACUCAAGCAAUCCGUCAGUGGAGACGACUCCCGCCUGUAAUCUCACAACAACACAUUCCUUUGUUACAGGCAGCACAACAAAUCAUGGAACUCCAGGAAGCCGCUCAGAUUCAUACGGGACUUCAGCCUCCGAAUGUUGGACGAUCAACCAGUCUGCAUGACAUGAAAGCUAUUGUGAAAACAUGGCGUAAUCGCCUUCCCAUGCCAUCUGAUAAUUUAUCACACUGGAGUGACGUGUUUAUGUGGAGACAUCAUCAUUAUCAGGCGAUUGUGGCAGCAUAUGAGAGUCAAGCCCAACAUGAACCGGUCAGUCAACACUUGCUUAUCGUCCUGUUAAUGCAUGGUUAUUUUCCUUGUUUCUGAUUAGUAAAUAGACACUUAUCUUUCUUUCUGGUCUGUAAAUAUAUCCUUAUCUUCCUUUCUGAAUGCAUCAUCCUUUCAUCAUCCUAUCAUCCUUUCUGAUCAUUGAAUUUACACUUAUCUUCCUUUGCAGUCCGUUGCAAAUAAAGGCUUCAUUCUAUUGAAAAAA